UCAAACACAGGGGCACUGCUCAAGGUGGUCUCUUGUUGCGGGACACUUCACACGAGCGGCUAUUUGGACGGGAAGCUUUUAGACAGGACGCCUCGAAAGAAACCCAAGUGGGAGUUGAUUGAUGUUUGAUUAGACGUUAGCCUGUAUUACUACCACAUUUUAAUCGCUCCCCGGUUGGGAUAGCUGGAUAUUUUCCCGUGGGUCGCCAUGCUCCAUAGCGCUAUGACAUCAACUCCUUUUUCCGUGAGGGACAUUUUAAAACGGGGCCAACUUGAGAAUCAAUGCACAUUCCAGAUGUGUAACGUCUCAGUACGGGACUUUGAAGUUCCUACAUUGAGGGGCUUAUCCUGUGCAUAUCCCGCCCCAGCCACCCGGGAGCCACUGUACAGCCUGGACAUGGAAAUGAUCUCUCGUGGACUUGAGGGUCACAAAGACCUGGACAAUCCGAGGAGCUCCUGUGCUUCCCCAAUAGAAGACGAAUUGGAACAACAGGACGAAACGGAAAAUUACAGCCUGGAGCAUUCACCGGCUAGUGAAGGGAGAAAAGAGGAAUUAUGUGAACAACCGAAGCACAGACAGAGAAGAAAGCCUAGGGUUCUUUUUUCUCAAGCACAAGUCUUUGAGUUGGAAAGACGAUUUAAGCAGCAGAGAUAUUUGUCAGCUCCUGAGCGGGAACACCUGGCCAGCGUAUUAAAACUUACUUCAACCCAAGUGAAAAUCUGGUUUCAGAACAGGCGCUACAAAUGCAAGCGGCAGCGACAGGACAAGUCACUGGAGCUAGCUGGACAUCCUCCUCCACCCCGUAGAGUAGCAAUACCGGUCCUGGUGCGAGAUGGCAAACCCUGUGUUGGAGGAUCUCAGGCCUAUGGCGCACCCUAUAAUGUUACCAUGGGUCCCUGUCCGUACAAUGCUUACUACAGUGGAUACAACACAACCCCGUACAACUGUAGCUACUCUUCAGUGCCAAGUACGGCACCUCCUGCAGGCCAUUUAAUGAAUGUGAACUUCAAUCUGAGCAGCACUGCCCAGCUAGGAAGUCUAAAUCAACAGGGGCAAAUAUCUGGACCCUUACAAGGAAUACGUGCCUGGUAAUUUCAGCGGGGCACCUUUGCUUGAAAUUCUUUCUUCACAAUUACUGAACUUCUCAGGAAGUCCACAGACUAUCGCAGCAAGCUCAUCUCCCUUUAUUGGGCAGUGGGCACUUAAUAGGAAAAGAAACUGUAGCAGGAGAAUCUCCUUGAGAUAUGGACCUACUCAAUAGCUCACCUGCUCAAGUUUACGUGGAGAGUUUCUGCCUUUUUUAUAUUCCAUCAGAAAAUUGCCAUUUUAAAUAUUUUCAGAAUGAAUUGACUUUUCAAAUAAAUGUUAAUCCUUGACUAUUUUGUAGAUCUUCUUC